UGUGUAUUGACACGUAACCACGAAUUGAUUGGAGAAGAACUGAGCGUUAUGGAGUAGAUAUUAACCUCGGCGGAAGCAUGUAGGAUCAGCCUACAGUGACAUUUGUUUAUUUUCUGAAGAAAGCGAGGUUAAACUCAAACCCCAAUAAUGCCAGCGGGUGUGUCUUGGCCUCGCUACCUGAGGAUGUUUGGGGCCAGUGUCCUUGCUAUGUUCGCAGGAGCACAGGCUGUGCACCAAUACUACCUUCCUGACCUAAGUAUUCCUGAGAUCCCACCCAGGCCCGGCGAGUUGAGGACAGAACUGCUUGGCUACAGACUUAAGGAGGAGGCUGUUUCCCUGCAGCAGCAGAUGAACUCUGCACAGAAACCUGACUGAUCAUAUGCCCUAUGAUCUCAGGGAUGGACAUGAUUCAAGUGGAUAUAUAUUUGAUAUUUUUAUGAAUGUGUUGCAGAUUUUGUUUUAUCCCUCUCAGUUAGACGACCAAAACAGUUAGAGGACCUAGGUGGCUUUGGUGAAAUUGCAAUUUUGUCACUGCUACCGUACCUUAAGUCAAUCAUCAUAAUAUACUAUGAAUUAAUAAAUACAUUGUCUGUCUUAUA